AUGCAAGCGGCAGCAGCAAUUGCAACAGCAGCUGCAGCAGCAGCUGCAACAGCAACUACAGCAGCUGCUGCAGCGGCAGCUGCAGCAGCAGCUGCAACGGCAACUGCAGCAGCAGCUGCAACAGCAGUUGCAGCAGCAGCUGUAGCAGCAGCUGCAACAGCAGUUGCAGCAGCAGCUGUAGCAGCAGUUGCAGCAGCAGCUGCAACAGGAGCUGCAACAGCAGCUGCAGCAGCAGCUGCAACAGCAGCUGCAACAGCAGCUGCAACAGGAGCUGCAGCAGCAGCUGCAACAGCAGCUGCAACAGCAGCUGCAGCAGCAGCAGCAGCUGCUGCUGCAACCGCGGCAGCAAAAGCAGCUGCAACAGCAGCUGCAGCGUUUGACGCUGCAACUGCAGCAGCUUCAGCAGCAAAUGCAGCGCCGCUGGCUACAGAAACUUUUGCUGUUUGCUUUUGCUGCAAUUAA